GGAUCCCAAAGGAAAAGUUAAUGCUUGGCCGGAUUUCAUACACACCUGUGAUGAUAAACAUGUGAUAAUUUUAAGGGUUUACAUGUGAAUGAUAAAUCAAUCCAAAGAAGGGUUUGUUAUUUGACAUGAUUUAUUAUCAAUGUUUGAUCAUUACAACAAGAGUACCACUAGCAAUUAGUAUUACUGUCAAAAGACAUGAUAUUGAUGGUGCACUAGGUAUCUUGAGAUGGGUUAUGCCAUUAUUUGAACGUAUUGAUGAUUCAAUUUUUCUUAAUGUGAGUAUAUUUAUAGCAUUUGUUUUUGUUCUAUUUUCAGCUACUAUCGGUUCGAUAUCUGCUAAUCUGAAUUCGGUUCCGAUCCUUGAUGGAACAAAUUUUAAGGAUUGGAAAGAGAACAUGGAAAUUGUUCUUGGCUGCAUGGAUCUUGACCUUGCACUAAGGGUGGAGAAACCCGCUUCUCCUACGGAAUCUAGUACCUCUGAACAGAGGAAAGAUUAUGAGAAGUGGGAUCGCUCCAAUCGCAUGAGUCUUAUGAUCAUUAAGCGCGGCAUUCCUGAGGUCUUUAGGGGUACUAUCUCGGAAGAGAUAAAAGGUGCCAAAGAUUUCCUUGCUGAAAUCGAAAAGCGCUUUGCAAAAAGCGAUAAGGCGGAAACAAGUACUCUUCUUCAGAACUUGAUUUCCAUGAAAUAUCAGGGCAAAGGAAAUAUAAGGGAAUACAUUAUGGGCAUGUCAAAUAUUGCUUCAAAACUUAAGGCGCUAAAGCUUGAGCUGUCGGAUGACUUGCUCAUUCAUUUAGUAUUGCUUUCUCUUCCUGCACAAUUCAGUCAGUUUAAGAUAUCUUAUAACUGUCAAAAGGAGAAAUGGUCUCUUAACGAGCUCAUUUCAUUUUGUGUGCAAGAAGAGGAAAGGUUGAAGCAAGAAAGGAAAGAAAGUGCUCAUUUUGUUAGCACCUCUAAAGACAAGGGCAAAAGAAAGAAAACUGUUGAGCCCAAGAAUGAAGCUGCAGAUGCUCCAGCACAAAAGAAACAGAAAGAGGAUGAUACCUGUUACUUUUGCAAUGUGUCUGGGCAUAUGAAAAAGAAAUGUACUAAAUAUCACGCUUGGCGUGCAAGGAAAGGGUUGCCUAAGCUACCGGAAGCUAAAUGAUGUUGAAAGAUACAUCUAUGUUGGAGAUGGCAAGACGGUGGAGGUGGAAGCUAUAGGGCAUUUUAGAUUAUUAUUGUGUACUGGAUUUUAUUUGGAUUUGAAAGACACUUUUGUGGUACCGUCAUUUAGACGGAAUUUAAUUUCAGUUUCUAAUUUGGACAAAUCAGGUUAUUCAUGUUCAUUUGGAAACAGUAAAGCCGAGUUGUCUUUUAAUUCAAAUAUUGUUGGAACCGGUUCACUUAUUGGAUAUGAUAAUCUGUAUUUGCUGA